AUCGAGCACAUGCCUACACGCGACACCUACAACCAGUGGGCCUCGGUCUACGACACAGACGGCAACAUGCUGCAAGCCAUUGACGAUGUCGAGCUGGCCACUCGUCUACCAGACUUUCUCUCUCAGGUGCUGCGCAGCAUGGCCCAUAAUGGUGGAAUGCAAGAGGUGCGCGUGCUAGAUGUCGGGUGUGGCACUGGACGCACUACAGCCAAGUUAGUCCAAUACAACUGGCAUGGACAAGCAAAACACGUCCAUGUCACUGGCAUCGAUUUCUCUCAGGCAAUGUUGGAUGUUGCUCGCACCAAGCUGACGCGCGAGAAGCUCCAUCAAGGGGGCGCUGAGGAAAGCAGGGCCAAAGUACGCUGGAGGCUGGAGUGUGGCGAUGUUUUUUCUCCGCCGCUGGCAUUCUCCCUCGAGCCACAGCACGCCAUUGUUUCCACUCUGGUCCUUGAACACGUUCCCUUGGCAACUUUCCUGUCUACCGUCGCCUCUCUGCUUGUUGUUGGUGGAAUGGCCCUCAUUACCAACAUGCAUGCCGACAUGGGGCGCACUAGCCAGGCGGGCUUUGUCAAUGCAAACGGCGUCAAGAUCAGGGGCCAGAGUUUUGUGUAUACCGUGCAAGAGACGGUACAGUCGGCCAAGGAGAGCGGGUUUGAGGUCUUGGGCACGUGGGAGCGAGAAGUCACGAGGGAGCAUGUGGAUGAGAAGGGAGCGAACAUUGGCGAGAGAGGCAAGAAGUGGGUGGGUAUCAAGGUGUGGUAUGGUCUGGUGAUUCGGAAGGUC